AUGCUAUCUAAAUAUUGGUUAUUCACACUUUUUGUCGUUGGAGCAUCAGCGUUGGGAUGUAUGCCGCAGAUCUGUUCGAAGAAUGAGGAAAACGUGCUGAGGGGCUGCCCCGAUUCUGAUGGAGGAUGUGGCCAUUAUCGGGGAGAACGUGCUGAUGGAGAAAUCGUGACGGCUGUGGAUAUCCUUUGCGGUGCUGGCGCCAUUGUUCACGCCCCAUUCGACGGAAUGAUGGAGUUCUGGAAACCGUUUGGAAAC